AUGUGGGACAUUUUGGGACAUAGUGUGGGACAGUCUCAAAAUUUUUGGGACAUCGAAAAUGAACUGGAUUUAUUAUAUUCAGAUGAAAUAAAGGAAUCAGAUUUAUAUCCAGAUGAAAUGAAGGAAUUGGAUUUAUUAUAUCUUGAUGAAAUGAAGGAAUCUGGAUAUAUUUAUUCUAAUAAAAUCUAA